AUGGCAGAUAUGGCUGACUAUCCUUAUAUUUUUGAAACAAAGAGAACACAUCCAAAGGAAAAAGCAUCCCAAAUUAUUCGCGAGAUUCCUAAAUUUUCUGCUCAAUAUAUAAAAUCCCUUUUUCCUAUUUUUUCUUGGAUACAUUAUUAUAAUCUUACCUGGCUUAUUAGUGAUGUGAUUGCCGGUUUAACUGUUGGUUUGGUGGUCAUUCCUCAAAGUAUGGGUUAUGCAAAGAUUGCGACCUUACCUGUGGAAUAUGGUCUAUAUUCAUCUUUUGUUGGUGUCGCGUUAUAUUGUUUCUUUGCUACCUCAAAAGAUAUUACGAUUGGUCCUACCGCUGUUGUAUCUUUGCUCACAGGGCAAACAAUAAACUCAAUUCUUAAGGUUACCACCAAAUACACUAAUACAACAAUUGCUUCUACCUUUUCCUUGUUAACUGGAUUAAUCGCUCUUACCCUGGGAUUACUUCGUCUUGGAUUUGUUGUCGACUUCAUACCUGCUCCUGUAGUUGCUGGUUUCACUACCGGUUCAGCGAUUAACAUUGCCGUGGGUCAGAUUGCAGGCUUGUUAGGUAUACCUGGUAUAGAUAAUAAACAAGCCACGUAUUUGGUGCUUGGUAAUACCCUUCGUGCGAUGGGGCAAACGAAAGAUGAUGCAAUUUUAGGACUCAUUGGUUUAUUUUUCCUAUAUACAAUCAAAUAUGGUUGUUCUUAUCUUUCUCAUCGUUAUCCCAACAAAGAAAAGAUAUUCUUUUUCCUUGGGAUUUCGCGCAACUGUCUUUUGGUUAUUAUAUCCACAUUUAUCGCUUAUCUGGUGAAUAUUGGUCGAACCACAAGUCCCAUUAGCAUUUUGAAAAAUGUACCUUCUGGAUUUGAUCAUAUUGGCUCACCUAACCUUGACUCUGAACUCUUAAGCAUUGUUGCCGGAUACCUUCCUGGUAUUUCUGUUGUUUUGAUUCUGGAACACGUAGCUAUUGCAAGAAGUUUUGGAAGAAUGAAUGACUAUAAAAUUGUUGCUAGCCAAGAACUUAUUGCUAUCGGUGCCACCAAUGCGAUCGGUUCAUUUUUUGGUGCUUAUCCCUCUACUGGUUCUUUUUCACGUAGCGCUAUUAAGGCAAAAUCUGGUGUACGAACACCUCUUGACGGCAUAUUCACAGCGGCAUUAGUAAUUUUAUCACUCUAUGUUUUAACCCCUGUGUUUUAUUAUAUUCCCAGCGCAACACUUAGUGCUAUUAUUAUUCAUGCGGUGCUCAAUUUAAUCUCUGGUCCUGCUUAUAUAAAACAAUUAUGGAAAAUUCAAUUCUGGGAUUUCAUAGUCUUUGUUCUUGGUGUUGUUUUCAACUUCUUUUUCACUGUUGAGAUUGGGAUAUACGUUUCAACUGGUUUUGCACUUGCGUUAUUAUUAAUUCGACUUGCACGUCCGCGAUUUGUUGCACUUGGUCGUCUGGAAGUUGCCUCAUCCAACAAUAACGGUGACAAUUCCAAACAAUUUGCCUAUGUUCCAUUGUGUCCAAUGUUCCAAACUGCUCAAAGUCCACCUGAUGGUGUUCUAAUAUUUCGAUUUGAUGAAUCAUUAACUUAUCCAAAUUCAAGUUACGUUGAAGAUCAAAUAGUUAACUAUGUAAAGUCAAAUACUCGUCGGUCGGCUAAUAUUGCAGAGAAAGUAGGUGAUAGACCAUGGAAUGAUGCUAGUGAUGAUUAUAAAAAUAAAGCCGUAGAAAAUUCCAAAUUACCAAAAUUGAAUGCGAUAGUGUUCGACUUUUCAGCAGUUAGUACAAUAGAUUCUACUGGUAUACAAGCAUUAGUAGACAUUAAAAAGAAUUUAGAUAGAUACACUGGAGAUGUUAUAGAAUAUCAUUUUGCAAAUAUUCUUAAUGAAAAAAUACAACGUACAUUAAUAGUUGUUGGAUUUGGUGAGCCGAAACAAAAGAAUUUCCUUAUUGACGUUGGAAUUCAAUCAACUUCAGAUAUUACUCCAGUUGAGAUUGAAACUCCAAAAGAGGCCGUUGAGAAUACGGUUAGAAAGAAAUACCUUCAUUUAAGUCUGCAGGAAGCUAUUACAGCUGCUACUAAUGGAGCUUGGUAG